CAUUGUUCGAAAUGUUAGCAUAUUUCUAGUUUCCAAAUGUACUGUAGACAUUUUGGACUAUACGAUCCUUCAAACGAUAUUCAGCAACAUAUUCCCAAGAAAUUACAAUCUCUUUAAACACUAUUCCUCCUAAAAUAUGCGAAUAUUAGUUAUUAACUCCGGCUAUUAUCUAGUCCUAAGUCAUCACUAUGAGAGCUCAUUAAGAUUUAUCUCCAGUGGACUUUUCUCAAUCGUAAGCGUACAAUGAUAGACACUCGUUUAACCAGGCCACACAGGCUCCUAAAUACAAAGGCGAUUAACUCGUAAUGCAUGCAUGUUUACUCUUGUUAUCAUAAUGCAAUAAUGUUGCUGUAUGUGUACGUAGUAUUUCAUAAAUUAUCAAUUAAAUUUAUGGACAUUCAAAAACUCUGUGAGUUCAAUUAGAACAAACGUCUGAUUUAAGCCUUUUUAAACUACACUUUCUUUAACUUCAGUUAAAAGUAAAAUCGUCUAUCUUGUAACCUUUUCGGUUCAAUAGCAAACCUUUCAUUUGUAACUCAAUAGUACAAUUCAGCAAUACUAUUUGAAGCUUCAGAGCGAAACAUUUUAUUAACACCAUUAGUUUGUUUAGAAAAUGACCAGAGGUACAAAAAUAACAACCAUUUUUCAUUUUUCAACAGUUAACGCUGCUCUAAUCAUUACAUUGCCUCAAAUAUUGAGAGUUCAAAGAAAGCCAUCUGUAAUUUCCUUAAAGAAAGGAUCAAAAUAUGGAAUUUAUUUUCCUGAUUAGAUCCACAAAGGCAUCAUGAUCCAAUCCACUAUUCGCUAGGGAAUAGUUUGAUAAGAUAUUUUAGAUUAGAUACGAUAGUUAGAUAGUUGGAUGUGAGGAGCAGCCACUUAUCAUGCGUGAGCUCUUAUUAGUUUGUCCCAUUACAACCCAAGUGAAUUUAGAAAUGUAUCUGGUGUUUCUGAGAGACUGAAGGAUAUUGAAAUUUCUCUAUAAGAACAUGCCAACUUUAAGGCUCAAAUAACACUUAUAGCGAUUCCAACAUUUUAUCCUCUUGAGAAAAGAUAUGAAGUAGGAUCUGUUGAUACAUAUAGAGUUGUAGACACCUCUCAAGAUUUAUCAUAUUAAGGUAAAUUAUGUAUUCAAUGAAAGUUGUCCUUGACAUUGAAAUUGAUCUUGUGCCAUACUUUCACCAAUACUUUAAUCACCCCUCUCAAGACGAUCUCGUCCAUGCCUUAUUUCCUUAUUGAAUAAUACACAAACACUCGUAAAUGUUCGGCAGACAAUCCUUUCACAACAAUUAGAGCGAUGUGGUUAAACCGGUUGAAUUUUGGCCAAAUCCACUUUGACAGUCUUUUCUGCACCUAUUUCUCGGAAAGACUUGUUGCAGGCAUUCACCCGAUCACCAUUUCUCUCGAGUAUAUAAAGAAAGGCUCCAAUAUUUUUCUGUACCAUAAUACGUUGGGUUUUCGUAGAAUCAACAAGCUCCUGCAAUUCAUCAAAAUGUAUACUAAGAUCGUUGUCGUUAUCGCUGUGAUCGCCGCAGUUAGCGCCCAAAGCUAUCAUGGCCAACACCAGCAGUCACAUUACCAGCCUCAACACUAUCACCACGAGGAGGAGCAUCAUGGGCCAGUACACUACGAGUAUCACUAUGAUGUUCAUGAUGACCACACCGGAGAUGUGCACGGACAGCGGGAGGCUCGCAAGGAAGACAGUACCCAGGGCGAAUACUACCUGAUCGAUGCCGAUGGCCACAAGCGUACUGUCAAAUACCAUGUUGAGGGCAAGAGUGGAUUCAUCGCUGAGGUGCACCGUGAACCGAUCAAGGGACACCAGGCUCCGCAGCCACAACAUCACCAUCAGCCACAGCAUCAUCAUGCUGCUCCAGCUCACCAAAAUUACCAUUACUAGAUGAGUCCUAAUUUAGAAGACAAAACAAAUGCUAGCUCAAUUCAAUAAACUUUAAAACGUAAAACAUAUUCUCCUUCGUUAAACUGCA